AUGGCAGAUACAGUUUCCCAAGAGAUUGGUGAGGGCAUAAUCCUUUACAAGAAAGUUGAACCUUCAUUCUAAAACUACGAAAUUCUAGAUCAAACUAACGUUUACACCAUUGAGACUAAGCUCGACAAGGAAGUGGAUAUCUUAGUAGAUAUUACUGGAAGUGAAGGAGCCUCAUUGGCCAACUCUUAUAUGACCACAAAGACUGUUAAGCUCCGACCCUUCGCUCACGAGGAGGUAGCUCAAGUUAAAUUGUUUGGAGACUGGCUUCUUAGAAUCAAGUUCACUUAUACCAUUAAGAAUGCUGCUAAGACCCAAGCCAUCCCCAAGAGUCUGUUAAACUAACAGCUCUAAGAUGGACCCAGACCCAAUGACAUCCCAUCUUUGAUUAAGUUCUCCAAACAGCUCUUUGAGACUUUCCCCUAUGAUAUCAUGCCAUUAGACGCUAUUAGAAAGAAGCUCAGAGAAGCAGGAGUUAACUUCCUUGAUAUUGAAUUUCCACCAGUAGAUAGCAGCAUUUUCCCACCUAGUGAAGGUCAACCAUUCAAUUAACCAAUCGUUUGGAAGAGACCAAAUGAAUUUAUGGUGGUUGAUGAAAGCCAAGGGCUAUUUGCUCCAGAAGUCUUCUACAAGAAGAUUGAGCCAAAUGAUAUUAAACAAGGUCAACUUGGAGAUUGCUGGUUUAUGUGCGCUCUUGCUUCAUUAGCUGAAAUGCCACACCUUGUUGAGAGAUUAUUUAUCACUCAAAGAUAUAACGAAGAGGGACUCUAUAGAUUAAAGAUUUGUAAAAAUGGUGAGUGGAUGGAAGUUACCGUUGAUGAUUACUUCCCAUGCACAUCAGAUGGAGGUCCAAUCUUCUCAAGAGCUAAUGGCAAUGAGUUGUGGGUGCUUUUGCUUGAGAAAGCCUAUGCUAAGAUUCAUGGAAACUACUACACUCUAAGAGGAGGUUUUGCUAAUGAGGGUAUGAUGGAUUUAACUGGAAGUCCCACAGAGUGCUUUGAUUUUGAGGAUCCUUAAAGCUAAGAGCAAAUUUCUAACGGCGAGUUCUUCAGAAAGCUAAAACAAUUCGAUGAAUCUGGAUAUUUGAUCAGUUCAUCAACUGCUGGAGAAGACAGAUGGACUGAAACUGGUGGUCCAACUGAGUAAGGUGGUCUCGUACCAGGACACGCCUAUUCAGUCAUCCAAGUUAAAGAGGCUUAUGGAAACCAACUAUUAAACAUUCGUAACCCAUGGGGAACCUUUGAAUGGCAAGGCAACUGGGGUGAUCAAUCACCACUUUGGACUGAGUAAAUGAAAAAAGCUAUUAACCCAGUUUUCGGAGAUGAUGGUACCUUCUGGAUGAGUUUCUAAGACUUCGUUCAGCACUUCAGAGCUUUGAAUGUCUGCAAAGUCAGUGACUGGGAAGAAAUCAGAGUUAAAGGUGAGUUCUCAACCAAGAUAUCUGACCUUGACAGUCUAGCCAGAUCAAGAUUCUGCUAUGAAAUUUCAGUAGCCUAAAAACAAAGAGUGCUAAUUGGUAUUCACUAAGAGGACGAGAGAAUCCAAGAUUUAAUUAAGAGAAAGCCAUACAUCGCUAUCGGUGUUGCAAUUCUUCAAAGAAACGCCAGAACUGGCUCACUAGAUUUGAUAUACAUGAAAGAAUUCAGCGCAGAGAGACAAGUCGAGUUAGAUGUUGAGCUUGAAGCUGGAGACUACUUGAUCUUGCCAAGAACAAGUGGUUGCACUAUGAAGAGACCACCCGGUGCCAAGGGAGAAUACAUCAAGCUCACUGAUAACAAUAGUGAUCUUCACCCAGUUGCUGAUCUCUGCGUCAGAGAUAUUUUCAGAAGAUUAGACAAGGUGCUCAUUAACAACAUCCUUGAGUACUCUGAAUUCCAAGAGUUCUAUGGAAGACUUAACAUCCAUCUUACUGAAGAUCAAUUCAACAAGACCAUCUCAAAGAAGUUCUGCAACAACGACGAGGGUGGAAUCAACAGAAGAGGUUUCGUUGAGUUCUGGAAGGAUGCAGUCAAAAUCCAAGGUGAGUCCACUGUCUGGAGAAUGUUCGAGAAGUGGGGUUACGACAAAGAUCUCUAUCCAUUUGAGUCCAGAUGCUUCAUGCUCACCAUUCACUCCCUAAAGCCAAUUGCUAUUCAAAUUGAAGAAGCUACAUCUAAGAAAGACUACGAUGGGUUAGUAAACCAAAUUAUCCUUGAAAAGUUCGGAGAAGAGCUCGAACAAAAACCAAACGUCUACAGACUCUUAAACAAGUUCAGCGAGCAAUCAUACACCUUCUCCUACGGUCUUGAAAACUUGACAUCCAAACCAAUUGAGGUAACACUCGAUUGCAAUUCAUCAAGAAACAUGGUCUUCUCUGAGACUAGCGGCAAAGUUACCAAGGUCGUUGAGCCAGGCCACAUUCAUUUCCUUAUGCAUGCUGAAGCUGCUCCAGGUGCUGAGGAGUUUGCCAGAGGCUCAGUAUGUACCUAUAGAGAAGUCUAUUGA